AUGAUUUUCCUGGGCGAAAUCAUCUGUAUUCUCGUUAUCCAUUUAGUAACCAAGACACCAUCGUUACUUGAUCGAUCUAUGCUUGAGGCAGUACAACCGCAUAGUAACAACUAUACCGAUUAUAAUGACUGGACUAUACCUCGUACUUCGACUUGGUCUUGGCCUGCUGCUUGGUUUAUUCUGCCUAGUGCAUGUGAUCUCAUUGCAACCACACUUUUAAAUUUGGGUCUGAUCUAUACGACACCUUCUGCAUACCAAAUGCUGAAAAGUAGUAUUGUUGGAUUCUCUGCAAUUUUCAGCUGCAUCUUUUUAUCACGUAAAUUUCUUCACAGAGAAUGGUUCUCAAUUAUGGCAAUUUUACUAGGUACAGCAACAAUUAUAUGGUCAGUUAUUUAUAAAGUGGAAGUAAAUUAUUUGGGACCCGUGCUUUUAUUGGUUGCGCAAUUGUUUGUGGCCGGUCAAUUUAUUCUGGAAGAAUAUCUAAUGGAUCGUUAUCAUCUCGAUCCUGUCAGAGCAAUGGGUAUUGAAGGUAUCUUUGGUACUCUUCUUUUGGGUGUCUCUCUUUCUGUUGCUGCUUUUGUUGGACAGGGCGAAUUUGAUAUCUCCAGAGGCUUUCAUGAUUUGUUUGGUGCUUCUGCUCUCUGGCAAAGUGCGCUCUUAUUAGCAUUUAUGGUAGCAAUCUUUAACUUUUUCGGUUUGGCUGUAAGUACUUCCAUUGGUGUUCCUGGUCGUAGCAUGAUUGAUUCCCUCAGAACCCUUUUAACUUGGGUGUUUGCUAUCCAUUUUGGAUGGGACUCUUUCUCUUGGUUAGAAAUGGCCGGCUUUUCGAUACUAGUUGUGGGCGUCUUUAUCUUUAAUGGCGUCUUCAAAAGCGUCAAGUCGACAAUCGUAGGUGAAUCCACACCUCUCUUAUCCUAA